GAAAUUUUUGUUAAUUUUCAGAAACAUAAUUAAGCUAGGAUAUUAUUUUAAUAAACCAUUACCAUUUGGCAUCGCUUCCAACGUUAUCGAUUCAGCAUCGAGUAUAAUUAUUGACUACGAUUGGAGAAUGUAUUUGAAACACAAAAAUUAAUAUUCUGCAAUUUUGAAAUUACAAUCUAUAUUUAUGAUUUUCAGAUUAUACAAUUAUUAUACAAUUAUUAUAUCGAAAAUAUACAAACUGCAUACCGAAACUUUAUAAAUGAGACCAGAGUCGUUGUUACGCUUAUGUAUUCACAAUUGAAUCUAAAGAACUAUACAGUGGCGAGCAAAAUUUUUAAGCCAGGCACAUAGACAAAUGAUUUAAUUGCUUUAAGAAUAUAUUCGUAGUAAUUAUUAUUAUAAAAAUAUAUUAUUAGAAAUUCUAUUCUUUUUUAUUAGGUGUUAAUUUAAAUUAUACAUGUAUGUACAGUAUUGUACCAUGUGACAGAACAGAUAAGGUCAAUCAGCCACGUAAGAUGACUAUCUAUUUAUAUUCUUUCACGAUUCCGAUUAAGUUCUCGAUCCAUUUGUUAUGAAGUCAUAGCAACAAAUUAGUUUUAUAGUUUGUGUAUCUAUAAUAGUAAAAUAGCGAAAAUGUAAAGAUAUUUGAGAAAAAAUGAUUUAUGUAGGUGUGAUUUCAAUAUAUAAUGAUUUACAGAUCUGUGAUUUGACAAUUUUAGAUCUAUUUUUUAUUGCUCAUAGAGUGAACUCGAAGAUUCUGUACGCGUAGUUAGGAAACAUUGUAAUGGUAACAUAAUGUAUAGGAAGCAACGGAUACACGUUCAUCGGAGCGGAAGUCAAGCACACACAAUCAGGAUCGGAAGUAAUUCCGGUGGCCGAACACUGUGAUGGUAUUGUUAGCCGAUCUGCUGAAUAAUAAUUGGCAUUCGGUGCAUUUACAUGGUCACGAUCGCAGAGUGUCAAUAUCUUUCCGGAUGGAAUGGAAACGUCACUCGGUGGCUUUGCUCCGUGAUAUAGUGUUCGUUCAGUGUUUGCCGUGAAUCUAUGCCCGUGACUUCAUCGUCCUUUCGAAGGAUGGGCUGCGUACCUAGUGGAUCGUCGUGCAAGAAGGGCAGCAUUCGAUUAAUGACUACGAAGCUUACUUUCACCAAGGGUCAGCUGUGCAACCUGAACACGUAUUUUCGCAAACUGGUCGACGAGGCUCAGAAUGAUUCCUCUAAUGCUUUUGCGAUCGAAGCUAUCGUGGAAAGAUUGGUUCAACGAUUGAUGCGAAGCGCUGGUAAUCUCGAUCGAAGAUUCUCAUCUAUGUUUCUCGUUUCAUUAAACGAACCUCGACGAAUAAAGCAAGGUAGGUUUGAAUAUCUGCUGCGGAUAGAUGCAUUGUCGAUUUCGAGUGUAAGUCCCGAGCAGGGAUGCUCGACGGUGUGUGUCGAGGAGGAUGCCUCUCUACCAGGCUUUAUUCGGCUGAAGAUGCUUGGCGUUGGGGCGGAAGUCUGGCGGGAGUACGUGGAUGUCGCAGGAAGGUUGAGGAGAGAUCUUGUAAAAGCCAAAUUAGCAAAUUUAUUGGCCACGGCUAUUAAACAAGACGUUGGAGAUCAAACAAAUGACAGAAUUUGUGUUUCACCUGGUCAAGUGGUCGAUGCUGAAAUCCUCGACAAGAUAUUGAAGCAACCGGACCACUGUCGAAUAUUUUACGGGUCAGCUGUCUCGGACGGACCAUUACCAGAGCCAAGGAAUCAUCGAGUGGCCUUGAUCGAAGAUUCCGGAGGGAUACUGCUUAGAAUCGGAUUGGAUAAAUUUAAAUCUCGCGAAGUUGAAGUCAGGCUACUAAUCGGUAUCGGAGUGUCGUCGUGGCCCACUUUAGCGGACUAUCCUCAACGGAUACCUCUCUAUCAUUGCGAUGCUCUUCUUCAUUACACUGUGGCGCAAAGUGGCAUGUACGCGGUAGUUGUUGGUCCGUAUUCCGGUGCACGUUGCGAGAACCGAGCAACUCUCUGGAGAGUACGUGUUCCGGCAGCCGAGAAAAUUAUGAGUCAACACUAUGCCGCCGACAGUGUACCAGCCCUCACUGAAUCCGUCCUUUUGGAAAUUUUAUAUGAGCUGCGCGAAGGCCGUAUUUUGCAUUUACCGAUAAAACCAAAGGCAGGACGGAAAAACGGCCCCUCGCCUCCAGAUCGCUUACGAGUAGUUUCCAGACACAUUCUGAGAACUGUGCACCGAUGGGCUCUAGAAAGAACAGGACCGGAUCCGUUGACGAGCUGGGCGCCCGAUACCCUUUCGUGUCAUGUUCUAUUAGCGUUGGACGAGUUAGUCGCUGCUCUGAAAUGCCAGAGCCUGAGGUGUUACUUUCAUCCGCGCUGCAACGUGAUGCUACAAUGCGCGAGAGGAGGAAUGGCGUAUCACGAGGACUCUUACGUCUCUGAUCGUCGAUUGUUAGAAUCUUACUUGGAAACUCUUCAUUAUCGUUCCUUCUCCAUGACACGUGAUGUACCAAGACCUCUAGACGUUAUGGAGAAUGAGCUCAUUGUGAGAUGGCGAGAUAUCAUUGCCGCGUUGCCCAGAGAGACGUCCAAUGAGGAUUACGGAUAUAGCCAGAAGCAGUUGGAAUAUUUUAGCAUGAUCCUAGAGCAAGUUCUACGAGCAAAGAACGCUUUGUUACAGAACUAUCCGGACAACUAUACUUACUCGAAUUUCUCGGAAUUAUCCUACUGUAUGACGGAACAAGUGGAGAAUCUCGUGUUCCUAUUGAAAUUAAUUCUAACACAGGCCAAGAACCAGAGUUAUCCGAUGACGAAUCGCAAGCUGCGAAUGAACGAUCAUCGUAAGGAAUCAAAAAAAAGAAGACAUUGCAAUACGAGCAGUCAGUUCGAUUAUUCGGUCGGACUGCUAAUCGAUGUUAUCGCAAGAGAUAGAGAAACAGCCAAUAUGGAUUUGGAAUCUUUUCCAAUAAUGACCAAAAUACUUUUACAAUGGCUAUACUUUGGUAUGGACUAUGAUCGAAAGUUUCUCGAGCCUAUUCUACGUCCAUAUCUGAACAAUCUUUUCAACAGCCUUCACGAACAUGGUUGGUGUGCAACGUCUUGGAAGAAGGGACAGGAGGUCUAUGCUUCCGAGAUGCAAUCGCUAUCGAUAUUCUGUAAAUCUGUGAUAAGCGAGGAAAUAUCACCUGCUAACGGGAUCGUGGACUAUCUAUCAAAGGGUUGGCGCUGGGCAGAAAAUAUGACGAAGAUGAUCGAGCAUUCGGGGAAUUCUCUGCGUCUGAUUUUUCUUCCCAGAGACAGGGCGAUUAAGUACAACUUAACUUUCACAGAGAACAAGAGUCUCAGCUCGUUCUCCACGUGGAGCAAAGCUAGGAGCGUCAGUACGAUCGUGAGGAAGAAAAGUAUACAUUACAGAAUCAGCGAGCUAUUUGAUUUUCUAUCAAAGUUGCAAGGAUCGAUUGCCUCGACUGAAAAGAAAGGGGUUGCAGGACACACGGAAUUGAGGGAUGCCAGUCCUUUGACAUACGUCGCGUCGAUGAGCAGAUCGCGAGCUCGACAUCGUGGUCCUGGCGAUUUGAUUUCCGCCAUGGUCUCUCUCGGCAAGUUCAGGGUUCUGCAAGAAGUCGCCGCUCUUUUGCCACGGCAGGAGCAAGUGGCCGUGUUGGAAAUGGUGCAACGCGUGGCCAGAGAAUCCUCUCGUCGUUCGAAGAAGACCACCUGCUUGUAUACAUCCAGUUCACCGAUCCAAGUCUACAGACCGAGACCGGAGUCGGAUUUCCUGGAUUCAGGCGCACGUCUGUCGCCAGGAAUUCGCGAGCGGCGAAUCAUCGCGGAGCAUCAGAAACAGCUGGAGAGAGAGAUACAGGAGAUGCAUGACACUGUGAGACGUAACGCGUUGAGAAGACGACGUCCGUGUAACGUGUGGGACUCGAACUCGUUGUCCUCCUGGAAUUCUUCGAUCGAUUCUAUCGCAGGCACGAUCAGCCUUAGAAGAUAUCGCGCUCCAAUAUGGGACGUUAUCAAAGGAAGUUCACCGACUCGGUCUAGCUUGCGCGUGGAUGGUAAUAUCGAGAAAAAUAAAUUCGACGAGAUGAUAAGCCGAGAGGAAUCGCCGACGUGGAGCACGCAAGAUGCUCGAAGGAAGUUGGACCGCUCCGAGUCGAAGAAUGGAGACGAAUUGCCAUCUUGGGAUACGCUCGAGGCAACUCUGAAUAGAAGGCUGUGUAAUUACGGCAACGCCCUGUUAGGAUCCCUGGAAACGGACGAAAGUAUUGGAAGAAACUGCGUGGCGAAGUCGCGAGAAUGAUUCCUUCGAAGUAGUAGGUGCUUCCAGGGAAAUGAAUUUUUUAUCUCGAGGCGAGUCGCUGGAAAUUGUCUAGGUGGAAUCGCUUUUACAUUUCAGCACGUCACGAAUACGCCUGAUGCUCCUCCUGUUCCGGAUACAUCGCUUUUAAGAUAUAUGUUCAUCGAUUUUGACACUUGGCCGACAUUUUCAAGCUCUUGAAGCGCCGCUGAACAGCUCGCGACACGACUUUCGUGCUUUCGCAACCGCCAAAUAAAUGUUUCCCUUGGAAGAUAUUUAGUAGAGCUUUGGUAGUAUCGAGCUUUGCCGUUUGUUCAGCUCUUCGAUGAAACGCGAUGGAAACUUAAUUUUCGCAGACAACGGGUAACUUCGUGUUUCGAGAAUGCGUCUCGUUGACUCACCACUUGCUAAUGGGCGAAUCGAUCGAUCAAGAUUGAGCGGCAAUGAGGCGGCGAGAAGAAAAGAUAUGUCGUAAAGUGGACAAAGUUACAGAGAAGGAUGCAUCGAUUAAAGAUAACAAAAAAAUAUUGUUCAUAAAAUUGCAAAGACUCGGAUAUCGUAUAGGAGAUGUUUCGCGACCAAACGACAGGAAGAAGACUGAGAGAGAGGACGCAGGAGGACAAAGGAGCGGGACAGAGGAAAAAUGGAAGCGGGAGCAUCGUCGUCGUCCUCGUCGUGGUAGUCCUGGAGAGAACUAAGUGGGGACGGACGAGGGGUAGUGUUCGUUCGGCCGGGCUGCUUCCGUGUAUUCCGGGGGUGGUUUUGGUGCGCGCGCGCACCGGGGUUGCGCCGUGGUUUCAUCUCAGUUUCGCAGCCUCCCUUCCGCGGUCCGCAUCAACUCUGUCGUCGCUGGCACAGAGGUGUGUCGUUUUUAUCCGCGUUUACCUCGUUGUAUCUCGUCUCGGAUACACUCGCCUCUUCGAUAUCCGUAGCCGAAUACGCUGUAGGACGUUCCAUCUGGAAUUUAGAAUCUCUGGCGAGUGGAUCCAGCCGAAUUGAAAACGAGAACGGUGUCGAGAGUCGCGGUAGAUAACGAGACGAGUGAAAAUUCUCUUUGCGUUUGUAACAUUCGCGUUUACCGCAUCUGCGAAGUAUGUUACCGUGCGAUAGGUGAUCCAGCGACGACUGGCAGAAUAAUGGUGCGCGAUGCGGAGGUCCCGACGCGUGUAACUUGGUAAGCAAACGUAGCUUUUUGCGUCGCAGUGAGUCUAUAGCUCGCACCAUUUGUACGUUUUUCUUAUAACGUUUCACGCGAAACGGUGGCGUAUCGACGUUUGAUCUUGGAUCGCGUAUAUCGCGUAUGUCGCGCGUUUGCUUCAGCUCGAAGGACACGGUGAAUCCGGCAUUGAUUUUUAAACGUCGGAACGCCCGUAUAUACCGUUAAUUGUUGGCUAGUUCUACGAGAUGGAGUAGUGAAUUUCGCGAGAACCGUUUUGUCGAUUGUACCCUCGAGAGAAUAGCGCAUUCCCCACUUCUAGCCACUGAUUAGGACGGCGGAGCAUCCUUUGAACCCCUUGGACCGUCAUUACGAGUAAUGUACUUAAUCGUCGGAAAAUCGGUCGCCGUAGAAACUGGCGGUGCAGUUGCAGUUGAAAGCCGAAGUCGAGAUAUAUACGAAGCUGGUAUUGUAUUGGAAAUAAAGAAGCCGGUUCUCUCCGGAGGAAAGCAGAGCGAGAAUGAGCGACACUCGGUUGGCUACUAACAAAUACCAACAAAAUCGUCUUCUACACCGGUGAAAUUGAACCGUGGAACGAUCGUCUGGUGACUUCACGAAGAGAGAAACAUAGAGGGCAACAUAGACGAGGAGCAAAUAAGUUUCUCAUUCCCGUUGCCAGGAUUUCUUUCUUUGGUCGGCUUUAAUCCACUCGCGAAAGCCAGUCAGGGGUGAAAAAUCACCGACAGGUCGGCUAAAAAUUACGAAGGUUUCCUUUGUUCGCGUACAAUAACUAUUUACGAUUGUUGUCCUGAUAGAUCUGAACGAACAGGGACAUUCCAUGCGUUAUCGGUGGACCGUAGAAAUUGGUAGAUCGUAUCGUAGUAGCUCGUUAAUUCAAGUUGUUUGUACGUGUACCGAGGUGUGAACGAUCGUUGGUUAAUUGGUUGGUAGAACGUCGGUGAAUCCAAUUAGCUGGUAGUCUUGAAGGAGUUCGGGCUGAAUGACAUUGGUCGAGCUAUAAUUGUGUUCGGAUCGCGUAUUUCGGUUUCGCCUAUCAACCGGUGGAAGAGAUGCAAAGCACGGAAGUGCGGAUUCGCGUGGCAAGAAACUCGAUUUCAGGUCCGUCGACUCGGUCUGAGUUCGUUUGCAUCCCUGAACUCGAAGAGGUUGUCGUGCGGCGAACCGAUCUAAUCAGCGUAGCUUAAAUCUAAAUUGAAUAGUAAUUGCAAAUUGGAUGCUGGAUCGCGUCCAUCGGACGACAGACCGUCUCGACCGAUCGAUCGAACCGAUGACCUCGUGUUAGCGCCGUUCGGUAAGCCUUGGAAUAAUAACGGCGUUGCGGUUAUACUCGACUCGUAAAUUUUCGAGAGAAGCGAUAUGCGAGCAUAGGGUUGGACAUUCACGGUAGAACAAUGA